AUGCCAAAAGGCAAAGGAAAGAAGAAGGGGGCAGAGUCAGCCGCUCCUGCCGUGCAAGAGCCGCCUAAGCUGUACAUGUUUGGACUGGACGUGGGCUCCACGGCGCAGGGUGUGUUUCAGGUGGUGGAUGGUCAAGUGACCCCCAUCAGCCCCGCGGCGGUGAAGGGCCACUUCUUCGUGGGAGACUGCACGCCGGAAGGCAAGCGCGUGGGUCGCGGGCUGGAAUGCUUCCCCAACGGCACCGUCUUCGACGGCGAGUUUGACGAGGAGAAGAGGAACGGGCACGGCACCAUCACCUUCCCCGAUGGCUCCAAGUACGAGGGCAACUUCCACCACGGCCUCUUCCACGGCCAGGGCAUCCUGCGCACCGCCAGCGCGUGCUUCAGGGGAGAGUGGGAGAGCGGGUACCUCAAUGGAACCGCAACCGUUGAGGAGAAGUCCGGCCUGCACUGCCAGGGCGAAUUCCGCGAUGGCCAGCGCAACGGCAUGUGCACUGUCACAUAUCCAAGCGGCUCGCGCUAUGACGGCCACUGGCUCAACGACAAGAAGCACGGCCAGGGCACGCAGACAUGGCCCAACGGCAUGACAUUUACGGGCGAAUGGCACAGCGGCCAGCAGCACGGUGCAGGCACCCUCCGCCUCCCCUCUGGACGCGUCAUUGCAGGCACGAAGGUUGCUAAUGACAGGUUGCUUGUGCUGCUGUUGCCGAUGGUGUUGUGGACUGCUGAUGCUGCUGCUGCUGCUGAUGCUGCUGAUGGUGUCUGCAGCGAACACUCACCUGCGCCUGCGCUCAAGUCGCUGCCACUUUCCCCCAAGCAACAACAACAACAACAACAACAACAACAACAACAACAACAACAACAACAAUAA